AUGGCGUCCCAGACCAAUUUAUCCGAAGUCUUUCAAGGAGGAGCUACUACAUCACAGCAUGUAGAUGCUAAGGAUGAAGACCACUUCGAACAAACUUCCUUCAAACUCAAAAGAACAAGGUCACUAGGUCUGUUGGAUGACUUUAUCCAGCCCACUCAGAAGUUGGUGACCCAGAGUGACUUUGUAUCCGACGACACUGUUUCCAAAAUCAACACUGGGACUAAAUGUGAUUCCACCACUGGCUCUAAGACGUAUAUGGAUUUGGGGUCAGAUCUUGGUUCGACGGAUAUUGUUGACGGCAACGGUAACGACUCCGCCUAUAAGCAGACCCAAGAUGGCAGCGCCGAAAACGAAGAACAGAAACUGACAGAACCAGAUAAUCAAUCAGAGAAAAACGAAGCUCCUAAUUCAGCAUAUGCGGCUUUUGACAAUCUAGUGUUGACACACGACGAUAACGACCUGGAAUAUGAACCAUCCAAGCAUGUGGAUUACCUGUCGCACAAUUGGAAAGAGUCUGAUAUCUUCAAGUCUUGGAGGUACGUUGUACUGAAGAGGAAAGAUGUUGCAAAUUCUUCUAGAUUGGAAAACGCAUCUUGGAGAACUUGGGCUCAGGCAAAAUACGGACUGAAGACUAUUUCUCCUGAGUCUGUUAACUGGUAUAAAGACAGUGAUGUUACCUGGCUCUACGGACCUCUUUACAAGGAACCUCACAAGCAAGAUCUUCUAAGAGAAGAUUCCUCCUCGAACUUGUCCAUGAUGAAGAACAAGAGGUCCUCUAGUGGAACCAAUCUUCGAUCAUUGCCCAAGACGAACUCCUUUCACGAUAGUAUUGACCUAGAUAAGAUUAACAACAAUAAGGGUAAGAGAAGCUCUGCCCAUGACGAUAACACUAAUGACAAGAAACACAAUGACACAACACCUAUAGAUGAUGAUCAACCAAAGUCGAUUUUGAAAAAGAAAACCAUAGGUGAGAUAAUGCUAGAACAAGCCACUUUUUACGCUAACAAGAACAGGUUUAGGGGAAGCCCUGUGUUGGACGCUCAUCAGCAGCCUGAAUCUCCUAUAUCUUUAAGCAACAAUACAUCUAGAGACCAUAUUGGUGAUAGCUUCUCUGUGGAUUCUCCAACCCCUUCAAUCGAAGAGAAGAAAGAUCGUCACAUCCACUUUAACGAUAGAGUGGAGCAAUGUAUGGCAGUGGACCUCAGCUUCGAUGAGGAGGAUGAUGAGGAAUAUUAUCAGGAGCCAAGUUUGGUGAACAAGUUUUUGGACACAGAAUCUAAUCAAAAAGAGCCCCAACAUUUAGAAUAUGCUGAAGAUAGUACGCAUAAUGAUAGCUAUGACGAAAACAAUGAUGAUUAUGACGAUGAGGAUGAAGAAGAUGAUGAUGACGAUGAUGACGAAGAAGGUGGGUUCUUUUUGCGUGCUAGAUCUCCAUCAAAUUCUUCUUUGCAUCACCAAGGUCUUGCUCAACUUUCCAUGUCUAAUUCUGGAGAAACUCAAGGCAAGAUAAACUCUGACAAUAGUAGUUCGUGUUCGACAACUACCAGAAGAAGCAUAAUAGAGAUUUUACCGGCAACAACGUUAAAAUAUGGUUCUGACGAUGACGAAGAGUAUGCCCUCUCUCAUAAUGUUAAUACUAGCAGAGGGUACGACUACCAUUACGACUAUAACACCGUUUAUGAGGCACAGACGGUUAAUGAUGACAACUUAGAGGUUUACGAUGUGCCAUCAAAUAUUGAUCUGGCUUCUAGCAUUCCUGUUCCAAAAGAACUUGCUACAAAUAUUCCUGAAACUGCUAUUGGAUUACCUAAGACCGUUGGAAACUCGAGGCCUGUCCCUCCAGAAACCACAACUGUGAAAGCCAACAGGUUUAUGUUAGCAGACUCAGAUUCUGAUACCGAUAACUCGAAUGAUGAUGAUAGACCAAUGGUCAACUCCAGAAGCUCUGGAAGUUAUGCUUCUCUAAGUGAUAUCGUUUCAAAAAUGGGUAUGUAA